AUGAAUUUACAAAGGAAUAAAACAGAAAAAAUUGUUUGGGGAUGCAUUUAUUUCCUUUUAAUUUGUUGUGCGAUUUUCUUUAUCGUCAAGCUUAUUGGAACACAUAAUAAGCAUCCAACAAUUGUCGUCACGUCAAAUAAUGCUCAUCACAUUUCUGAUAUCAUUUUUCCUGCGUUCACUUUCUGUUCAAGGUUUAAGGAACCAACAGAAAUAAUUAAGUUAUUGAGCAGUGAUGAAAACAUAACUGAGCAUCAAAGAAAGAAGUUAAUCGAAUGGAAGAUUUUAUCUGAUUUUUAUACAUUUAAGGAACAAGAUAAAGAAAAUAUUUCCUACCAAUUUUCUGAAGAACUUUAUGAGGAUUUUUAUAGAUUGAUCAAUUUUGUAUCAAUUGAAGGAUGUUGGUUAAAUCAUUUUAAUUUUUUCUUCGCCAAUUCAUUCACCAAGUAUGGAUUAUGCUUCACAUUUAAUUUAGUUCAUGCAAAGUGUUAUGAUCGUGAGAGGAAUGAAAGAGAUGAUGUCGUUGGUUCUAAGGUCAAAUGA